AUGCUAGAACUACAAGUAAAACCCAUUUACUCAUACUGCUCCUUUGUUACUCACAAGUCAAUCUAUAUUUGUCUCUCUCUCCCCUUCCUUCGCCCUCCCCUUCCCCCUACUACUGACGUGUUUUUUCUUUUUCAACUUCCGUUAUUUUGUUUGGCCGGUGCAUCCUUCAUACCUACUGGUCACACUGUACUACCACUGGCAGUCAGUCACUGCGGCCCAUGUCGCUUCCACUACAACAUGUCGGCUGCAGCCGCCGCUCCUCCUCCUCCUCCUCCUCCUUUUAUUGCUUCAACUCACUAUCACCACCAUCAACAAGAUCAAAGUUAUUACCAAAAUAAUCAUUACAACAAUCCUAAACAAUACAAUGGCCAGCACAACAACAACAACUCAAGUACUUCCACUUCUAACUGUUACUCCACUAGUUCAAAAAAGACCAAGUCUUCUCCGCAAUCUCUCAAAAAUACUACUCCAUUUUCUAUUUUUUCAUCAACUCAUUCUCUUCUGUCUCCUACUCACCAUCAUCACCAACAACAACACGGGUCCACCUCUUCUGGCGCUACCGCCUCUUCACCAUCACCCAAUUUUUCUUCCGUCGUAACCCUGUCCUCUUCGGAUUAUUACCUCGGUGGUUCGUCCAAGCAAAAAAAUAAUUUUCAUCGUACCUUAACAAAUCCAUUAAAAAGCCCAAACAAAUUCAAAUCUGUCGACGACAACCUGGGUCAGCAUAUCUUUGAAGCCAUUAAAAAUGGAUUAUUGGUUCCUGUACAGACAUUGGUUGAAGAAGAAGGUCCUGGCAUAUUUUCUCUUCGGGACGACAAAGGCCAUACUCCUUCACAUUGGGCAUGUCUUGGAGGUCAUACCACAAUUCUUCGUUUCAUCAUUGAGUGCAAAGGAUCUAUAAAUGAGCCCAGUCGAAACGAACCCGGCGCUCGUCCGAUUCAUUGGGCUUGUGUAAAUGGGCACAUUGCCAUUGUAGAUAUCCUUGUGCAGGCUGGAGUACCGCUUGAUGUAAUGGACAAUAAGGGAUGCACACCCUUGACAGUGGCAGCACAGUAUGGCCAGACUAUGUUGGCUGCCUAUUUGAUGGGAAAAGGAGCACAAAAGCAACUAGUAGAUAAAGAUGGGGAUAAUGCUUUACAUUGGGCAGCAUUUAAGGGUUAUUCGGAGUUGAUGCGUUUGCUUAUAUACUCAGGAUUCUGUCCUCGUCAGAAAGAUAACUAUGGUCAGACACCCCUGCACUUGGCUUGUAUCAGUGGUAACCUCACAGCUGUCAAAGAGCUUUGUGAACAGGAUGGUGUUGAAAUUGAGUUGCCUGAUAAAAAUGGUAAAACCCCCUUGAUGUUGGCCACGGGUCGCAAACAUGAAGCUGUGAUAUCUUAUUUGAAGCGAGAAACCAAACAAAGAAAAAGUCUAUUUCCAAGGUUUGACUUUUGGUCCAUAUUAUUCGGUCCUCCUGGUAAUAGUAAAACUCCAUUGUUGUUCUUAUUGGUCAGCUUGCUUUUUUGGGGCUACCCAAUGUAUGUGUUAAAGGUGAGUUGUGGUAGAAAAGAACCUUAUUUUUUAUCUUUCGAUAUGAAUGUAGUUUUAAAGACUUAG